AUGAAUGUCACCCAAGAAGAGAUGACCUAUCUUGCCUCCCAGGGUAUUGAUUACAUUGAUGGAAAGGGCGAGUGCUACCGGGUCGCUCAGAGUGAUGUACGUACUCUGUACGGCUUUGACAGAACCAGUAGGGCGGAAGCCAAGGCAUAUGAGGAAAGUAAGCAGAGCAGCGGCCGCGGCCAGUCACAAGCGCAGUCUACCCAUUCUAACCCUCAAGCGAAUGCUGGCCCCUCCUCUGGGGAUAUAUGGUCUGCUAUUGAGUUUAUGACCCCCGAGCAGCAGCUCGACUACUAUACCACCAUGAAUGCGGAGGAUCUCGAGUCCUUGGGGUACGGGACGACGCCCACGGAUGGCACUAUGGGGUAUCAACAGCCGGCUUCUGGAUACAAUGAGGAGCUGGAUGAGAACUCUGCUCUUGCACAGGCAUCCGGGGACGCGUUUUAUGAAAGCCUCCAGCGGCAGUCAUCGAGGAGGGACAGGUAG